AUGACAGCUGAAGCAAAUGGGAAUGUGGAAGUAGAGACAGGUGAGGAGAAGGACGGUGCCGAUAGUGAGGAAGUGAAGAAUCGAAAGAGACGCGAACGUUUGGAGCAGAAUCGUGUGUCAGCCAGGGAGUCUCGCAAGAGGAAGAAGUCAAUGAUUGAAGAGCUACAGCGCACGGUGAUCACACUCUCAAGGGAAAACAAAGAAUUGAGUGAUCGCAAUGAACAUCUGAAACAGCAAUUAAUGGAACUCGGUAGCAAAUAUCCAAGUAUUGUCCCAUUGCAGGCUAUCAUGCAGGGUGCUGCUGCGUCUGCUCCAACUGCUCCUGGUGCCGAUCUUUAUGUCCCAGCUGCAGCAGCCGUUCCAGUGGCAGCACCACAGCCUGCAGCAGCAGUUCCGGUUCCAGCGGCUCCUGGGAUGGUGGCAUUCAACCCCAUGCAAUUUUGGCCUCAGCAGGCAGCCGCUACUCCACAAGCUCCGGCACCCACCCCAGUAGCCCAGCCCGCUCCUGCACCUGGCCACACGCAGAAUGCUUAG